AUUCUGCUGAACAGAGAACCACUGGGAAGCCUGUGCUAAGGAGGUUAUCCAAUCCACAAUGUUUCAAGCCCAAUCGAGCUCUAUCAAACUAAGCUUUGAUUAAAGAUUUCCAGUCUUAUUUUGCAAGAGACAAUCAGCUCUCUUGCAUUGUUUCUUGAUCAGUUGAUAUAUUUGGUCUGUUUUCUUGUUGAACAUUGAGUGCAUCUGCAACAAAGCACUUUCAAGGAAGUAUUGUUUUCCAGUAUAUUUCAAUCAGAUAAAUCCUUAAAUCAAUUGCAGAAAAAUGUUGAAAAAAAUAAAAUUAGCACUACUUAACAACACCCUCUUACCAGCAGCUCCAGCAGUCCACGCAGGUGCUGAACCAAACUUAAGAAAUAUUUUCCUGUCAAGAAGAAACUUGGGUGUUAAUUUUGGUAGUCUUUUUUAUCUUCAAAAACUAAUAUUUGAUGAAUUUUUUAUAGAGGGCACCGAUAAUGAAUUUGAUGCUAUACAAAAACACAUCCAAAAAAAUGGUGUCUCAAAAACUAGAGAGCUAUUAGAAAAUCACUGGAAAAAUUAUCUUGAUGAUCAAGAAUGGAAAUGGUUAAUGGAAGUGGGUGUAACUUCGAUAAGAAUCCCAAUUGGUUACUGGCAUGUUAAUGGAGGCAAAUUUUGUCAUUCUACACCAAUGCAAUCUAUUGCUGGCGUUUAUGAAAAUGCCUGGAAGAUCCUAAAAGAAAAUUAUAUCAAAAAGGCCUCUGAUUAUAAUAUCAGCAUCUUGAUCACUAUUUCUUCUGUUCCAGGUGCAGGUGAUACUGAUAACAACCUUGGAAUCAUCUCCUCAAAAUCACCCUUUUGGAAGAACACUACAUAUCAAAUAACCACUCUUAGUUUAUUAAAAUUUAUUGCAAACGAUAUAUACAAUUAUCAAAACAUAGCUGGACUUGAAGUCUUAAGUGAAAUUGAAAAAGACGUCAAAUUUGAUGAUUUGAGAAAGUUUUACGAAAGAAGUAUAACUGUUAUUCGUAAAAAAAACGAAUUUGUUCCAAUUAUAAUUUCAGAUAGUUGGAAUCCUAUUCAAUGGAUUAAUUGGUUAAGAAAUCAUACUGCAAUUGCAAAUGGUUGGCUAUCAGUUGAUAUUGAUCAUCACCAAUACUUUUGCAAUUCAAGAGAAGAUAAAGAAAAAAGACCCGAUAAAAUCAUUCAAGAAAUGGAUAAUUUUGUACUUAAUGGUGUUGACACAGCUGAUUUUGAUUUUAUAAUUGGCGAAUAUUCUUGUUACAUUCAUGAAAAUUCUUGGAAACAGUACUUUUUCAAUGAUCGUGAUUCGAAGACUUGUGAUUUUGGAAGAAAGCAGGUUUACAUUUAUAAUAUGAGGGCUAGAUCUGGUUGUUAUUUUUGGACCUAUAAACUUCCAAAUUCUGAAUAUAGUGAAUGGAGUUUUAGAUCAAUGGUCAACAGAGGUGCUAUUCCUCAUCGACCCAUGUCAAUAAUCAAAGAAGCUACUGAGGAUGAUCUUAAUUAUAUCUUGAUGCGUAAAUCCGAAGAGCAUAAUGAAAAAUGUCAAAAACUAGACCCUUCAGAGGAAUGGGAAACAGAUCGAUAUAGUGAUGGUUUUCUAGCUGGAUGGGGAGAUGCCUAUUCUUUUUCAGAGUUUUAUGGCUCAAGAAUUGGAAGAAUCAAUGCCUGGAAAGCAGCUAGAUUGAAUGAACACAUUAUCCUUAAAGGUGAAAACAAGUUUCUUUGGGAAUGGGAGGAUGGCUUUUUAGAUGGUGUAAGAGAGUUUGAAAGAAUUGCAUUUAAUGGAAUUCUAUAGUUUGCGGUUUUUCGGUUUUCUCUGAUUUAUCUAAUAUAACAUCGAUUUUCAUUUAAAAGAUUUUUCUUUAUUAUUAUUUAAUUUUAUUUUAUUUUAUUUUAUUUUAUUUUUUUGAUACGUGAAAAAUAUAAGACACAG